AUGCUGGUUAAUAAGAAGAUCUCGUCAGUCGAGUUGAAUGCUCUUGCUGCUCUUAAGAUCAUCAAGCACUGCAAAGAUGGCUUUCCAGCCACCUGUUCUGGCCAGCUGCUAGGUAUUGAUGCUGUUGGAAAGCUGCAGAUCACCAAUGCCUUUCCAUUUACUGCUGAAGCUGCUGUGGGUGAGGAUGUUUUUGAUGGCACUGACUAUCAAACACAAAUGCUAUGCUGUUUGCGUGCUCUCAACUUUGACGCUAAUUCGGUUGGUUGGUAUCAGUCGACAUAUAUGGGCACAUAUUGGAACCAAGCCAUCAUUGAUGCACAGUACAACUAUCAAAAAAAUUCCCCACAUGCCGUUAUGAUUAUCUAUGAUCCCUCGGGAACUUCUCAGGGCAAUUUGUCACUCAAGGCGCUUCGACUUUCCGACACAUUCAUGCAGGUCUACGAGACUCGCAAAUUUUCCACAGAAAACAUUCUCGAGCACAAACUCACACCUGGAUCUGUAUUUGAAACUAUCCCCCUUAAAAUUUCCAGUUCCCAUUUGCUUAAUACCGCCUUGUUAGAAGUGAGCAAUCAAUCCAACCUCUCCUCCACAACUUGCUCCGCAUUUUCAUUCCCCUCGUUUCAAUUUGCAUCUCACCUAUCAAGUGAUGCGGCUCCUUUAACCCCCAAUUUUGACAACCUUGAACUUUCUUCGGAAACAUAUCUUGAAAAGCAUCUUGAACGCAUGGUAGAGUCUGUCGAAGAGCAUGGUCAAGAGCAAUGGAGAUGGCAGGGUUGGCAACGCAGCUUCAAUAAGGAGCAAAUUAGAUCCCAACACCACAUUUCCCAGAUGAACGCAGACAACGCCGCGGCUAUUGCUGCCGGAAAUCCACCCAUUCAUCACGAGGAAGAUCUCAAAGUUCCUUUGUCAUCAUUUGCAAAGGUUGCUUCAAAUGAGCCCAGCCGGCUUGAGACUUUGAUCAUCUCAAACCAGCUUGAUACCUAUUGUAAACAGAUUAACCAGUUUGCCGGUCCAACUCUCACCAAAAUGUUUGUAGCAAAAAGCUUUCAGCCACAAAAAUGA